AUGGUUGCAUUCAGGCUGUCGCUUCUUGGAGCAGCUGGACUUCUGAGUGGGCUUACCAUUGCCCAGUUUCCUCCGACACCAGAGGGCGUGACCGUUCUUGAAUCGCAACUUGACGAUGGUGUCACGAUCUCAUACAAAGAGACCGACCUCUGUGAAACCACAGAAGGCGUGCGAAGCUUCUCCGGCUAUGUUCAUCUCCCAGCUGGAGCACUAGCCGAUCUUGGUGUUGAGAACCAAACAUAUGAGAUUAACACCUACUUUUGGUUCUUUGAAUCAAGGAAGGAUCCUGCCAAUGCGCCUCUCUCAAUUUGGAUGAACGGUGGACCUGGCUCCAGUUCCUUUGUUGGACUUCUGCGUGAGAAUGGACCAUGUUUCAUCGGUGCCGACUCCAACAGCACCUACCUGAACGAAUGGUCAUGGAACAACGAGGUCAACAUGCUUUACCUCGACCAGCCCGUCCAGGUUGGCAUGAGCUAUGACAGCCUGGUCAACAUCACCACUAAUCUAGACACCGGCGAUCUUGAGGUUGUAGACUUCGGCAACGGCCCUGUUCCCCCUCAAAACAACAGCUUCUAUGUCGGCACCUACCCUAGCGAAAACUCCAAUCUCACCACACGUGGUACUGAGAACUCUGCACGAGCGCUCUGGAACUUCGCCCAGGUCUGGUUCCAGGAAUUUCCUGAGCACAAGCCAAAUGAUGACAGAAUCUCUAUUGCGACUGAAUCUUAUGGAGGUCGUUAUGGACCAGCGUUCGCAGCUUACUUCAAGGAACAGAACGAGAAGAUUGAGAACGGGACGUGGAGCGAAGCUGGACAGACCCAUCUUCUUCACCUCGACACUCUACUGAUCAUCAACGGCUGCAUUGAUCGUUACGCCCAAUGGCCGGCUUACCCAAGGAUGCAGUACAACAACACAUACGGUAUCAAGGCUGUGAAUGAGUCGCGCUAUGAGGAAGUGCUCGACAACCUAUACAAGGAGGGAGGCUGUCUUGAUCAAAUUGAAGAAUGUCGCAACAUCAGCCUUAUAUACGAUCCUACUAACCAAGGCUACAACGAGACCGUCAACGAAGUAUGUGAGGCGGCAGAGACAUUCUGUUCCGAAACGAUCCGUGAUCCUUACUUCGACACCGACCUCAACUACUACGACAUCUCCGCCCCCGGUGCAGCUGCUUUCCCACCACCAUGGUAUCAAGGCUGGCUGAAUCAGCCACAUGUACAGCAGGGACUUGGUGUACCUCUCAACUGGACUCAAUCGAACUCGGCCGUGUCGCGGGCAUUCCGAGGUAUUGGCGAUUAUCCACGUCCAGGUUGGAAGGAGGAUCUAGCGUAUCUUCUCGAAGAGGGUAUCAAGGUCACACUGGUGUAUGGUGACCGAGACUAUGCCUGCAAUUGGUACGGUGGUGAACUGCUCUCGCUUGCUAUCCCCUACGACAACGCCACUUCAUUCGCGGAUGCCGGAUAUGCGCCUGUCGUCGUGAACGAUACCUACAUCGGUGGCCAAGUGCGUCAAUACGGCAAUCUAUCCUUUACGCGAGUGUACGAAGCUGGUCACGAGGUACCAGCCUACCAGCCCGAAACCGCGUACAAGAUCUUUACACGUGCUCUCUUCAACCGCGACAUCAGCACCGGCAACAUCUCUACAACCGAGACCCCCGACUACGCCAGCGAAGGACCAAGUGACGUGUACAACAUCACCAACGAACCAAUUGUCGAUGAAGGCACGCAAUGUUACGUUCUUGAUCCCGGUCAAUGCACAGCGGAGCAGUGGGAGUCGGUCAUGAACGGAACUGCCCUGGUGCGAAACUGGAUCGUUGUUGAUGCCAACACUAGCUAUCUGUUCCCAGAUCUAGCUGGUAACGGCACAUCGAGCAACGGAAGUACACCUUCCGGUACGGGCAUGCCCAUGCCUACUUACACCGCGGCUGCAUCCGGUGGUCUCUCUGCAAGCGUUUUGGGCAGUGCAAUUAUUGCUGCGGUUGUAGGAAGUGUGGUAAUGCUAUAA